CGAUACAGCCAAUCACAACAAACUGUAAUUGGAAUUUCUCUAUUUCAUCAGCUUGUGUCUGCUCUAUAGCUUGAAUACAAACGAUAAAUAAAGAUAGAUAAACAAAGUAUAAUAUAAAAUCUGUAACAAUUGUUUCAUAUUUAUUUCAAACUUGAAAGCGAGCUGAAGCGACCGCUGGUUACGUUUAUUAAAAAUCAUAAAAUAAACUAGUGAAUAGGCUACCAAAACGUCAUGCAAUACUAUUCACAAUACUUAACCUCUGCGGCCGUAGCGGUGGGCUGUGUGUGUUUGGUGUAUCAUUUAACUCGUAAAAAGUACAAGAUUCGUGAAGCUGAGGAUGCAUUAAACCUGGAAAUUGAAACAGUUGAUACCGAAAAAGCGUGUGACAGGGUGGUCAAAGAAUUACGAAGACGGUGUAGAGUGCACAGAGCCCUUGGAUUUGAUUGUGAAUGGGUUACUGAACAUGGCACGAGGAACCCUGUCGCUUUGGUUCAACUAUCAUCUAUUGAUGGUCUCUGCGGCUUGUUCAGGUUGAAUUGCAUGACAAGUGUUCCCACAUCAUUAAAAGAAUUACUGGAAGAUGAAACUGUGUAUAAAGUGGGAGUGGCUGCCGCCGACGACGCUAAGUACCUAUACUCUGAUUACUCGGUGUCGUUGCAGUCUACUCUAGACAUCAGACACAUUGCAAAACUAUGCGGACUGGAGACAGGUGGCUUGGCUUUCCUGGCUAAAACACUGCUCGGUAUCACUUUGGACAAGAGUUGGCGGGUCCGCUGCAGCAAUUGGGAGGCGGCGCAUCUAUCCCCAAAACAAACAUCAUACGCGGCCGCCGACGCGCACGUUGCCAUCAAAAUCUUCGUACAGCUGUUCAACAGAUACAACAACAAAGGUCUGUUGGCAUGGCUACGGAGGUCAGACGUCAGCGUGGCGGACAGCGUGCACCAAAUGUGCACUCCAUACGCCAAUACAAACUUCAAACAGAAUAUGUUCAGAAAACAGGACUUUGUUCCGAAAGUGAAAGACCCCCGAUGUAACAAAGGCACGCCGGUAUCUCAAAAGCCAUACCCGCAUGCGACCAGGUCCAAGCCUCUGUACCACAACUGCUUCAUGCAAGCGCCUGACGGUGAACUGCUGUGCACUUGUGACGACAAGAAGGCGAUGUGGUACGUAGAGAAGGAACUAGCAGAUGUGGUGACCGAAUCUCCAUUGACGGUCCGCCUUCGUUUCGAGCCCGCCGGCCGCUGCGUCGGCGACGUGGGCCGAUACUACCAGCUGACGAAGGAGAACAAGUGCGUCGUUUGCAGUGGCGAGACGUCAUGCAUCCGCAAGAACGUCGUGCCCAGAGAGUACAGGAAGUAUUUUCCAGAGAUCAUGAAGGACCACUCGUCGCACGACGUGGUGCUGCUGUGCGCGGAGUGCCACCGCGCGAGCAACAUGCGCGACCAGACGCUGCGCGAGCGCCUCGCCGCCGAGUGCGCCGCGCCGCUGCCGCGACACGAACACACCAGGACCUGGGAGAACCCUGUCACCAAGAAAAUCCGUUCAGCGGCGCGUGCGCUACUCUAUCAAUCACAGAAGCACGUGUUGCCUGAGAGCCGACGCCGAGAGCUCGAGGACGUGUUGCUGCAACACUACCUGCAGACCGAAAACAUCACACAGGAGCUACUCCACGACGCCGCCAAUAUCCAGAUUGUUAUUGAAAACGAAGAUUAUGAAUCUCACGGAUUAAGAGUGACGGAGUAUUUCAAAAAGAGUGACGGAGGGCUGCUAAAGCUGGAGGAGAUGUGGCGACAGCACUUUUUGUCCACCAUGAAGCCUAAAUACAUGCCAGACUUGUGGUCCACUAAACAUAACCAGGAGAGGUUGCGUGUUAAAUGGAAUGAGGGCCGAUUGUCUGAAGAAGAUCUGAAGCAGAUUGGAGUUACUUGGACGUAAAAUGAAGCAUCGUUGCGGCGGGUUACCCCUGGAUAAGGAAAUCUCGUGUCCUGCAAUGGAUAAGAUAAUGAAACAAAUUUUGGGACGACACAGAUGUCGUAUGUCGAUGCUUGUACAAAACUAAACACUAAGCAUAUCAUCAAGAUCUAAUAUUUUAACAUGAUUCCUAUGUACCUACAUACCAUUGCAAGACAGUAUUAUUUAUACGUGAACAUAGUUUAAUACAAUAAAAUGUCCAUGGUUUUCUA